AUGGCAGAAUGUGUCAAUUCAGAACUUCCAAAACAAGACUGCACUAGCCCAAGCCCUACUGAAACUGUUUGUUUGGAUUCUUUAUGUGCCGAGAAUAAUCCAGGUACUUCACAGAAUAAUCUAAAUCAAGUGAUAUCAUUGGAUGAAGAUGAUGAUUAUGAUAUUGAAGCAGUAGAAAGGAUUGAAAAAAGCAAUUUUUUGAAUGAACUAGGUCUGAUAAAAGACUGUGAGGAUGAAGAUGAUGACAGAGAGGAAAAUUGGGAAGACUGUACUGACCAAGACUUUUCUGAAGAUUUAGUUGAAACUUUUGAUGAAGCCAGUAGCAGUGAAGAAAUAAGCUACAGCCUUUCUGCAACUCCUAGGAGUUCACAAUUGAAGAGGAGUAAUUCUGAUUCAAUUGAGAGAAUUUUGCGUAAACGCAAGUUAGAUGUCAAUAAUGGAUUCCCGUGCAAAAAAUUACCUACAGAAUCCCCAACGAUGUCUACUAAUGAAAGCAGCACAAGCAACAGCAGCGUGUACUCAUCGACGGCGUCGUCGCCGUCGUUGUCCGGGGGCGCCACGACGCCCGGCGGCAGACCGCGAGCAAUCAUCCCCACCAAGGACAACCCGCCGCCUCUGAUGGCCGAAUGGCUGGCGCGGUUCGUCGCCUGGUCCAACGCCGAAAGAUUGAUGGCCGUCAACGAACUGAUAGCGAGGUGCGAGCCGACGCAAGUGCGGCACAUGAUGCAGGUGAUCGAGCCCCAAUUCCAACGCGACUUCAUCUCCCUGCUGCCCAAAGAGCUGGCCCUCAACGUGCUGGCCUUCUUGGAGCCGAAGGACCUGCUACGAGCCGCCCAAACUUGCCGCAGCUGGCGGUUCCUGGCCGAGGACAAUCUGCUGUGGAAGGACAAGUGCCGGCAGGCGGGCAUCGACGAGGUGCCCAGGAAGAGGGGGGCUGCCAGGUCUCCUGGACCGCACAUGUCCCCUUGGAAGGCCGCCUACAUGAGACAACAUGCCAUCGAGAUGAACUGGAGAUCGAAACCGAUCCGACCGCCUAAGGUGCUGAAAGGCCACGACGAUCACGUGAUCACGUGUCUCCAGUUUUGCGGCAACCGCAUCGUCAGCGGCUCCGAUGACAACACUCUCAAAGUGUGGUCAGCAACCACAGGAAAGUGUUUGAGGACGCUGGUGGGACAUACAGGUGGCGUGUGGUCUUCUCAAAUGUCCGGCAGUACCAUAAUCAGCGGUAGCACCGAUAGAACUUUGAAGGUUUGGGACGCUGAUACCGGUGUGUGCAUUCAUACUCUCUACGGACAUACGUCGACGGUCAGAUGUAUGCAUUUACAUGGGAAAAAGGUGGUAAGCGGCUCUAGGGACGCCACUUUGCGGGUGUGGGACAUAGAAACGGGCAAUUUUCUGCACGUGCUGGUGGGCCAUCUGGCGGCGGUGCGUUGCGUGCAAUACGACGGCAGGCUGGUCGUGUCCGGCGCUUACGAUUACAUGGUCAAAGUGUGGAAUCCGGAGACUGAAGAGUGCCUGCAUACCUUGCAGGGGCACACCAAUAGGGUUUAUUCUUUGCAGUUUGACGGUGUUCAUGUCGUGAGCGGUUCCUUAGACACCAGCAUCCGAGUAUGGGAAGUAGAAACUGGCGCUUGCAAGCACACCUUGAUGGGCCACCAAUCGCUCACCUCGGGCAUGGAACUGAGGAACAACAUCCUGGUGUCUGGCAACGCCGAUUCCACCGUCAAAGUGUGGGACAUCGUCACCGGCCAGUGUCUGCAGACACUUUCAGGACCCUACAAGCACCAUUCUGCUGUGACUUGCCUUCAGUUCAACGGACGCUUUGUGAUAACCUCCUCGGAUGACGGCACCGUCAAAUUGUGGGACGUAAAGACUGGCGAAUUCGUGCGCAACCUCGUCGCAUUGGACAGCGGCGGCGCAGGUGGGGUGGUGUGGAGGAUAAGGGCGAACGAUACCAAACUGGUGUGUGCUGUCGGCAGUCGCAACGGUACUGAAGAAACGAAAUUGUUGGUGUUAGAUUUCGACAUCGAUCUGAAUGUGACUUCGAUCGUGUCUAGAUAA